GUACUAUGAUAGUAGUUGGCCUGACAAUAGCUGCUGCUGGUUAUGCAGGUCGUUAUGCACUGCAAGCAAUGAAGCAAAUGGAACCACAAGUGAAGCAAACUCUGCAAUCUCUGCCAAAAACGGCCUUCAGUGGCUAUUACAGAGGUGGAUUCGAAAGCAAAAUGAAUAAGCGGGAAGCUGCCUUAAUAUUAGGAGUGAGUCCUACAGCUAACAAAGCAAAAAUCAGAGAAGCUCACAGAAGAAUCAUGCUUUUGAAUCAUCCUGAUAAAGGUGGGUCUCCUUAUGUUGCAGCCAAAAUUAACGAAGCUAAGGAUUUACUGGAAAGUCAAGCUAAGAAAUGAAAACUCAUCAUUGACUUAACAAUUAGAAUAUAUUUUCAAAAUAGCCCAAAGAAAAUUGACAAAUGAAGCUGUCAUACAUGCCAAAAGGAAAUCGUUUUGAUGUAGGACGCAUCCUUCUCUGUGGUUAUUUUCAGAAAUUAAUGUCAACCACAAUUUGUGAUGCACUUCUAAUAAAGUGCAAGCUUUGUACGGAACCAGUUAACCAGGUAGUAAUAUCUGAAAUUCAGAAUUAUCGUUUUAGAUUAAAAAAAUUAGGAUAAAUGCCAACAUCCAAGAUUCUGCUGAAAACACCUGUGAGGCUUAAUAUUUUGAAGUAAUUUAUUUCUCAGCUGAGAACAGCUGUAUUAUUUUAUCAUGGAAUUAUGGUGCAGUAUUCUUCAAAAAAUAUUUUUAUUACCAUGAUUGCUGAGCAAUAAAAUUCUUAAAGUAUUUCUUUACAUGACUGCAUAAGAAAGUGUUGUUGGAGAACAUUUGCUCUUGUAAGCUGGUCUGUAUCUUUCAGCUGGUCAAACAGCAAUUCAUGUCCCAGAACCAAAUUUGUAGUCUCCAACUUUCUAAUAGAACUUUUAAAACAAGAGUUUUCAAUUCUUCAUACCAAGAAAAGCUUAGAUUUAUUUCUGAAUACUGGCUCCUGCCUUUGUUUAUUUUUGAAGAUGAUUAAAAUGGGAAAUAACUAGGCUUGAAGCUGUCAUGGAUUUUAAAAAUCCAAGUAUUAAGCGUUGGUGAAUAAUGUUCUGUUUUAAGAUGUAAGCUAGAAUUUUUUCCUUUAAAUGUAGGGAGGCAAAACAGUUCUACUGUGACGUUUUAAUUGAUUUUGUGGCUUCUAAAACGCUGUUCUUUGAUUAAUGUUUUAAGCCUUCUGUGGCUUACAAAGCAUGUUGCUCAACAUAUCUGGAAGCUGUAUGCUUUUUUUCACUUU